UCCAGAGCUUAACCAAUCUUCAUCCCAUUCUUGGUGGUUGGCUAGCAAUGUCUCAUUCGCAAUCUUCUUCUUCUUGUUGCCAUGGCAUGAGCCGCCGAAAUUGUUAUUCCUCACAUGGUGGGGGUUCAAUGGGAUUAGGGAUAAUUCCCAUUUGCAAUUGUGGUGAGAGNACAGUAGUAAAAAUGGCUAGAACUUCAAAGAAUGCUGGAAGAUAUUUUUGGGGUUGUCGUAACUACAAGAGUGGAGCUGGAAAUGUGACUUGGUGUAACUAUUUCAAGUGGUGCAAUGAAGAAGAAAUUGAUGAAAAGGAUGUUAUCAUUCANAGGCAAAGGAGUAAGAUCUGUGAUAUGGAGAAGACAAUGAAAGCUUUGAAGAGAAGCAUGAAGUUAUUAGUAUCAGUGAUCUGUGUUCUUAUUUUGGUUGUUUUGUGGAUUCCUGUGUUGGUUGGGGUGGUUCAUCACAUGGUUCUGUCCUUUCUUGACUUGGUUCUUCAGAAGGUUGUGGACGUAAGGGGCAUUGAUUUCUGUUGUGGCCAACAAUACGACAUAUGCUGCAUUUUUUCCGAUGGCCACCUUUGCUCAUCUGCGUUUUAUAUUAUAUACAAAAAACUCUGUUCAACAGAAUCAGACACAGCAAUGGCAGAGCACUAA